AUGCCAGAUACUGAACGGCGUCGCCCUCGAGUAGCCACAUGUGAGGAUUGGGACGAAGAAGCUCAGGCGAUCCUCCCCGGCUCUCGAACCUCUGCCAAUGUUGCCAUCAAGAGAUCCCAGCAAGAGUUGACCGCUCAGCUGCAGGAGCAGAAACCGUCUCACGAUGGAUUUGAUUCCGGAUACGUUAGUCGAGCCGGCACCUUAGUCAGUGAUUCUUCCACUCGUUCACGGCGAAAGAUGCCAGAACUGAAGCUCGACACAGCUGCCGUCCCAGAAAGGACGCGACAGCCUUAUCACAUACCUCUCUCCGCCCCUGCGAAACCAGGACUGCGCCGCCAGUCUGUCUCUCAGAGCAAGGAGCCACCGGCCGAUCACCAUCGCCCGGUCAGAGCUAAGCCUUUCGUGCAUCAGCCUGGUGCCUGUUGGGUGUGUGAUCAAUAUGGCAAGCAUAUCGAUAUCAAGCAAGAGAUGUCUCGGGCGUCAACCGUGGCUCCUCCACAACCUUCUUCGAAGACAUCCAGGCAGGUCGCACCCCGAAGCGCAAAGGAUGAUGACGCUCUUCCGGAUAGAACGAGGCGUGUCUCUACAUCCAGACAACCACGGCCCCUGAGCAUGAUGCCCCAAGCCUUUCCUCAACAGUAUAUGAGCUAUGGCCCACCCGUCGUCGCUACAUCUGGCUGGGGUACACCAGUCACACCAUCGGUCCCGUAUAAUUCCGUCCCCUAUUCAUACCCUCCGCCAUCGCCUAUGCCCGGCACGUCGUUUGCCUCGUUCCCGCAAAUGCUGCCGUUUAUGGACUCUGCACCUCCUUCAGAACCACAAUCAGCCAGGCCAAGCCGGCGGUCGAGUCCAGUUCGACGGCCAUCUACAUAUGGAGAUCCAGUAGUCAGGCAUACCUAUGCCGAAGCCGGCACAAAUGGUCUGGAGAAGGUCCCCUCAAGGGAGAGCCGACCUGUGCUGUCUUCUCGGAGAUCGGGCCGAGUUAUGGAUGACGAUCGAAUUAGCAUGCCACCGCCACCACCUCCACAGCCAAAGACCCAACCUGCUGAGAUCGUCCUUGUCCGCAGACCCAGCGCCAGGAGGUCCAAGACAUACCACCCUACAGAAGCCCCUCUACGAGAGCGCUACUACGAAUCCGACGAUGAAUACGACGCUCCAGACUCCCGAGCACCUCUUUCACCCAUGAGGUCACGACGAGAGUCUCACUCACCGUCUCGGCCUCCCACUUCUUAUCGGGGUCCUUCGAGUGUCGAGACGCGGGAUCGGCCUGCUCUGCCCAGGAAGUCCGUGUCGUACUCUACAGGGACCACCACCACAAAGAUUGCUUCUAGCAAGGUUGCCACCGCUCCUCGUCGUACUACCAUGCCAUCAUCGGUCAUUCCUCUUGAGCAGAAAGAACUCGAGGCGGAGCAUUAUCAGCAUAGGAGAAGUAAGACUUCAAGCGAACUGACUGCGGAGGCACUAAGAGAUCUGAACAAACGAAACUCUGGCUCCAAAUCCGAGACUGGCAGCAGCUAUAGCCAUAAGAGCCAUCAGUCUUCGUCAAAAGACUCCUCUGGUCGUGGCAGGAGCCACACAAGCGGCACGAGAACCAGCAUCACCCUCCCCGGUGGCCUUAACAUAGGCAUUCCAAAUGACUACAUGGAUAAGGAUGGUCGGCCGCUCAGUAUCAGCGUAGGCGGCCUUGUGCUGUCGGUGGGCACCGAGGGAAAGGAGGUGGCCAGGGUGAAGGAGCAAAAACGGAUCGAAAGGGCGCCGAGUGUAGCUAGUCGCGCAUCUCGAAAGAGCAUGUCCAGCAACAUGUCGAGUCGGGAUCCCGUCCAAUCCUCGAGGCGGCUUUCCCAUGUCGAAGACGGCGUGACGAACUUGAGAUCGAGCGGACAGGUCAGUCGGGCCCCAAGUGUCAAUGGCCGCAACCAAGAGUAUAGGCGUCAGAGUGUUGACUACGGCAAACCUGUCGAAACUGCUUUUUAUGGAGCAUGA